CGUCUUCCGACGGACGUGUGACGUCACCGUGUUUUGUCGCCUGUGCCAUCUGUGUGCUCUGAAGCUAAUGCCAGUCAGUUCGCCAGUCUUCCCUUCUCACUUCAUCUAACAAUGGUCUGAAGAAGAAAUCAUGAAUCUCCGAGGCGUUUUUCAAGAUUUCAACCCUAGUAAGUUCCUGAUCUACGCCUGUCUGCUGCUGUUCUCCGUUCUGCUGUCUCUGAGGCUGGAUGGUGUCAUCCAGUGGAGCUACUGGGCUGUGUUUGCUCCCAUCUGGCUCUGGAAGCUCAUGGUCAUCAUCGGGGCUUGUGUGGGCUUUGGGGUUUGGGCACACCACCCACAGUACAGGGCUGAGGGUGAGACGUGUGUGGAGUUUAAGGCCAUGCUGAUCGCUGUGGGGAUCCACCUGCUCCUGCUCACCUUCGAGGUGCUGGUGUGUGACCGUGUGCAGCGGGGCUCACACUUCUGGCUCCUGGUCUUCAUGCCGCUCUUCUUCGUCUCGCCGGUCUCGGUGGCGGCGUGCGUGUGGGGAUUCAGACACGACCGGUCGCUCGAGCUGGAGAUCCUGUGCUCUGUGAAUAUUCUUCAGUUCAUCUUCAUCGCUCUGAGACUGGAUCGGAUCAUCAGCUGGCCGUGGCUGGUGGUGUGUGUGCCGCUGUGGAUCCUCAUGUCCUUCCUGUGUCUGGUGGUGCUCUAUUAUAUUGUCUGGUCUGUGCUCUUCCUGCGGUCCAUGGAUGUCAUCGCAGAGCAGCGGCGAACACACAUCACGAUGGCCGUCAGCUGGAUGACUAUAGUGGUGCCUCUGCUUACUUUCGAGAUUCUUCUGGUUCACAAGCUGGAUGGUCAUUAUAACUCCAGCUACGUCCCGGUGUUUGUUCCCCUCUGGGUUUCUCUGGUGACUCUAAUGAUGACAACAUUUGGCCAGAAAGCAGGCAAUCAUUGGUGGUUUGGGAUUCGCAAAGACUUCUGCCAGUUUCUUCUGGAGCUCUUCCCCUUCCUGAGAGAGUAUGGCAACAUAUCGUAUGACCUGCACCACGAGGACUCAGAGGUGUCCGAGGAACUGCCCAUCCACGAGGUUCCUAAAAUCCCUCCCAUGUUUCAUAAGAAGACGGGUGUGGUGAUCACUCAGAGUCCUGGCAAAUACUUCGUGCCACCGCCCAAACUGUGCAUCGACAUGCCAGACUAACAUUCAAAACUGCUCAUGAACAGCACAGCACUAUGCACUGAGCUCCGCUUCAGGACGUGCCAUUUACGAAGAAAAAUACAAUCUACACAGAUGCUUCUCCUGAGACUCUUAAACUCAAACACUGACUCCCAAGCAUUGUGUGUACCAUAGCCUUGUGUCUGUAAAAUCCAUAGAUGGGACGUGUUGUCUUCUGGAGCGGAUCUUUGAACUUUCCAGACAACUCAAAGUCAAAAUGACUCGCAGAGAGACUGUCUAAUCUGUAAAUAAGCAAACCGUUUUGUUUUUUACCAGUUGUGUGUUUUAAAUCUGUGUAUGGUGUAGGCAUUCAGUCGCUCAUCUGUCGGUUCUUAGUUUUCUCCUAACAUUCGUUCUUAGUCUGCGAGAUUUUUCUCUGUGGGAAUACACAACGCUUCCUGGUUUCCACUGUGAUUGCAGCCUUUUCAGUGGAAGAAAAGCAUUGGUAUAAAAGCAUUGUUUACGUCAAUCUGAUGUGGAUUUUUAGCUAUUUCUUCAUCUGAUAGGUGGCUACCAUAUGUGACCAUGAAACCACGAAAGUUUCUCAAAAUUGUGAUUUAUACAUCUGAAUAAAUCAGCUUUCCAUUGAUGUAAGGUUUGUUAGGAUCGUACAAUAUUUGGCUGAGAUGCAACUAUUUGAAAAUCUGGAAUCUGAAUCUGGAAGUUGUCCAAAUGAAGUUCUUAGCAAUGCAUAUUACUAAUCAAAAAUUAACUUUUGAGAUAUGUAUGGUAGGAAAUGUACAAAAUAUCUUCAUGGAGCAUGAUCUUUACUUAAUAUCCUAAUGAUUUUUGGCAUAAAAGAAAAAUCGAUCAUUGUUUUUUUGGCUAUUGCUACAAAUAUGCCCCGAAGACUGCUUUUGUGCUCCAGGGUCUCACAUGUGACUGAGGCUAGCCAAUAAAACCAAUCGAAGAAGUGACUUUCACAAUAUCACUCGAGUGUGCUAAUAAUGAUUUCACACCCUGUGCAGUUAGAUGGUCAAAUAAACGCACUACCUGUUAGUGCUCUGUAAUUCCAGUCCAUUGCGUUGGCCUCCUACACUAACAGUUUUGAUUUAAUCCUGCUAUUUAAGUGUUGACCAGCAAUGUGUGUUGUCAAUCCUACACCCAAAUCUGAAAACUGGUAUUUUUAUGUUAAAUACUGUCAUGCUAGACAAUAUGAAAUAUUGUCCUCUUGUUCAGUAGCUAGCACACAUUUACUCCAUUCACUUUCUCAGCUGGUCUGAGUGAAUAGCCAUUGAAAUAUUGUUCUUUUUUCUUGUGGAUCUGGACCAAUAUUACGGUUUCAUGUACACAUUUACCGCUCUCGAUGUCCAGUGUGUCCAUUUCUUUGUAAAGGCAAGACACAGCGUAGCUCUCGACAGUGCCUCACAUUAAAAUAUGGUCAUGCAAAA